GUCCAGGCAUGGAGAGGGCGCAGUUCCGCGCCAUCCUCCGUAUCGUUGACACGUCCUACGAAAAGAGUGCGGAGUCGGUUGGUACGUUUUGCCCUAUCGCGACUCAACCCUUUUCGCCCUUCUUUCAAAUAAAUAAACUUUCAAUCGGUGGCUGUGAGUUGGAAGACCGCGUCCAAUCGACACGGUCACUGGACACGAUCGUUGUUAUUUAAACUAAUAAUCGUUUGCGAGAGUUCUCGAGGCGAUCUAGUCGUUCCAUUUCACUUUUGAUCCAGGAGACGCUUCGUUUUGUUUUGAAUUUCACGUGUGCAUCGAACAUUGCGCGCGUGUAGAGCGACCGCCAGGUCGCGCUCACUUUUAAAACAAUCCGCCGCUUUCGACUUCGCGACGCGGUUGAUCGAGCAUCGACCUUCGAUCGUUCCCGUUCGACUGGUUCCCUGUGCCGUCGCGCACAGAAGUGAAUUGGUGUGUUUCGUGCAGGCCCGUGACAUUCUUCGUCUCGAUCAGUGAACAUUUCAAACGAGGGAACGAUGCUGUCGGCGAGCUGUCUGUUUAUCGCGAUCCUCGUGAUCGCCGAUGCGACUGGUACCACCGCCACUCAAACCAUGGACGCCAAGAUCCGUGAUGACUCCGACUUGUCUCAGUUUUACCAACUGUUGGAGGCUAGUCACGUGGCGAACACCACCCUGACGUACCGUCACGUGACCUUAUUCGCGCCCACAAACCGAGCUUUCCAGAAGUACAAUGGGACAACGAAGAACCUGUUACUCUACCACAUGUCAAACUUCCCGAAAACGAUCGAGAAUCUUGGGGAUUCAAUCUCGUCGGAACUCGACGGUAAUCCUCCGUUAUGGGUCACCAGGCGGCCAAGCACGCACGGCGAAGACGUUUAUAUAAAUAACGCGAAGAUUCUCACGGAGCAGAGCAAUUUCCAGUCGAAGGUUACAGUUGGAGGCGACGUGAAGACACAGGUUCUGCACAUAAUAAACGAAGUUCUGGAGCCAGUUCGCCCGAAUUCCGCGGAAAUACCGAUUUACAGCCCAAACGCCUUCGAAUUCCUGAACCAAAGCGAAAACCUCGAUUUGGGUUCACACCGAGUUCGGACCUUCCGACAGCGGGUCGUCAAGGAAAAGAAAGAGGAGGUAUUCAAGGCGGAUGGACGUUACACCUUUCUUAUCCCUGUUGAGUUGGGUUUCAAGCCAACCCCGAGGCCAGAAAAGGUUGAUCGCGUGGUAAUCGACGGUCACGUGAUUCCUAACCACGUCCUCUUCACAGCACCCACACCUGACAAUGUACCCUACGAGACUCUUGCGUUCACGGACAAUGUCAAGGUCACCAUUAGCUUCCGCAAGGAACACGACAAAGUAUACGUCGAGUCCAAUACACUCGUGGGCGACCCUAGCCACCCCACAGGGGUUGUGUUGGCAGAAAUAGUGAAGGCAAACAUCCCCGUGCGCAACGGGGUGGUGCAUCUGAUCCAACGGCCACUUAUGGUCGUCGACACCACCGUGAAGGACUUCCUUGAGGAAAAGGAGGACGGACCGGUGUACAAGUUUUACGAGACGUUGCGCGACUUCGGCGACGACAUCAUGACCACCAUUAAUCAUCUGCGCGACGUCACCCUGUUCGCGCCCAGCAAUGCCGCGUUGGAGGAGCCGGGCGUGCAGCAGAUACUUCAGGACAAGAAACGCAUCACAGAGAUCCUGAACCUUCACUACGUCAAGGAGCGGCUGCCCCUCGACAAGAUCAAGAACAAGAGCGUCAGCCAGAAAUCCUCGAUCGGGAAGUCACACCUUGGGGUGCCCACGGCGGCGGACCGGAAGAGACUCUACUUCAACGUAGUUCAAGGGCCCAGCGGAAACCAGACAGUGACCGUCGAAGGCGGGGGCGUGAACGCGACCGUGGUCACAGCGAAUAUUGCCGCCACGAAUGGAAUCAUUCACAUCAUCGACAGGGUCCUGGGUGUUCCUUACACGACUGUGUUGGAGAAGCUUAAGACCGAUCCCAUGCUCAACACCACUUACUUGCUCGGCCAACGACAAGGGUUCAACAACAUGCUCAACGACACGACGAAGCGUUUCACUUACUUCGCCCCGCGCGAUACCGCCUGGUACAUGGCGAAGAUCAGCUUCCCGUCUACCUACAAGAAGCUCUUCAUGUCUGAAUUCAGUUAUCACACGACGCAAAUUCUGGAACGACAUCUGGUGGUAGGUAGCGAGGCGUACACCAUGGCCAAGCUGAAGGAGAUGAUGCACAACGACACCAUCGUCCUUCCCUCUGUCAGGGACAAUCUGAAGCUUCGCGUUCGAGAGUACAGCGAGAAUGACAAGCACGACGAAAACGCGAUCCGUCCAGAAAUUUUCGGCUACCAGAUCGAGUGGGAGGGCAACUGGAUCCGCGUGUUCCGGCCUGACGUCGAGUGCACCAACGGCAUCAUCCACGUGAUCGACUCGGUGUUCCUGAAGGACAGCGACGUGAGGGUGAAGGGCAGCACCGCGUCGGGCGUCAGCCUGGCGCCACAUCUGAUCAUGAUCCUGGUGGCCAAGUGGCUGCUUUAAGGGCGUGUAUGUCGAGUCUAUCAUAGGUGCACCUAGGAAUUUAUUUCGGGACCGUCACCGAUCGGACCUCUCGUCCAGGCGAGCGAAGCGCGCGAGAAUCGGACUCGAGACCACUUGAGCAUGGCGACGCGGGUCUUUCGGGGUCGAGUCAUCCCCAAAACGACCCCGAAGAGUCCCAGGAGUUCGCGUUCACCGUGACGCAACAGCCGUGAACUCUGCGCUCGAUAGUUUGGUUUUCGUUCUCCACCCAUACCCUGAAAAGGCUCGCUCGAGUGCAUUCCCUGACGAGAAUCGACAGUGUUCGAAUGAUCGGGGACGAUCCUGAUCGAAGCGAGAGGCUCUUGGGCGGAUCUCUACUGGUGCGUCACGGAUUGGACAGCGGUCAACCCUACCUGACGUUCCAGCGGUUUCAGAGUCGAAUGGAUUCAACUUGUACCGACUAGCUGUUAGGUCGAUGGUUAAUCCGUUGAUUCGAGGGUUUAUCGUAUCGAUACGACCGGUCAGGUCUCGCGCGUCCUAAACGUCCACACGGGAGUCCGGUCUCCGCGCAAGAGAGAAGAGAACAAAAGACAUUCGAAGCAGUGACGAUCGCGCGGCGGGACAGUUUCGCGGGUCAGAGACGCCAUUGAUCGUACCAAAUAAUUAAUCAACCGUACCAAGUAAUUUAGAGAUACCCACGAACGAGGGGACGAACACGGAGGCAGAGCGGAGAUUUCGGGGUACCGUCUUCGAGUACAAGGGCGAAUGAGAGAUACGGAGGAUGUUCCGAUGUUAACGACCCAGAGGCUACCACGAAAAAGUUCAAGGUCGCGUCCUUUCCAUGCUGAUUGUUCUAGCGGUAACACAAACGUAGAGCAAAUGUCCCGCGUCUGCGCUAGUUCGAAUCGAACGCCGUCGAUAUUCAGGCCAUAACUAUCAUACAAGUACGUUUCGCCUAAUUGUGGUAUACUUCGAUUUCAUUGACAAUGAUGAGCUAUAGUUCUGUAUGCGUGUGUUGCGCGAGCGUGUGUUUGUGUGCGUGUGGGUGUGUAUGCGUGCGAGGGUCAUUUCUGUCCGCUCGACGAAUCGCGUCGCGAGGUAAUCUUGGAAUUCGAAUGGAAGUUUGGACCCUUUGCUGCUGACGAUGAUCACUCGAUGAGGAUGUUCUCCUCUACCGUGUAAACAUGUCUACUGCACAGAGUACCAAUUACACCGCUACGAGUUGAUAGCGCGACUUUACGACGGGGCCGUAACUUAACGGUCGAAAACAGUGACUUCCAAAACUUUACUCAUUUUAAACGUAAUUCGACCUCUUUUUCUUUAAAUAAUUUUAAGGAAAGAUCCACUCAAAUUCGACAGAAAUGUUUGGAAACCACUGAUUCCUCUUAACGAGCGAUUCGCCGCCGCGCUACCAAGAUGGCUUCCGAUUACACUUGCUCUCUGUAUCAUAUCGUACUACACUGUCUACUUACUGAUAAUACUGCCACGUCACGUUGCAGGCCGGACGAGCUUGCGAACGGGUUUUUGUACAAUUGUCGUCGAAAUAAGCGGGAGCUUUGCCCAGUGACGACUUGAUCACAUUCCGACAUUACGCAGGCUGCGCAAACGAAUCGUUUACUCGAAGGGACGCUGGAAAUGCUUAUCCCUUGGAACGGGUUAAUCGUACUCGACGUUGUUAAGCGAAUUUUAUAGAUCCGAUUCAAAAACCAUUGUCGUAGAAGUUAAAAUCUUGAAAUUGAGUUAAAAAUAUUACUACUUAUACGCGUGAUUAUAAUUUAUAUAGGCCGAUAGUAUUGGGCUGUCUGGAAAGUCCAUGCCGAUUUUUAGUAGGCGGUACAGGUCUGAAUAUAUCGGAAUGGCUGAAAACGCAUAACAUGUGUACAUUCCUUAACAGGUGGAAAGGGUUGUGGAACAAAAUGGUACAUAUAUAAUAGAGAUCACGGUUUUGAACAGGUAUUUUUAAUACACGGGUACUCGAGUGUCGAAAUACGCUGACACCCGGAUAUCUAAAUACACGGGUACCCGGAUAUCGAAAUACACUGAUAUCCAGGUACGUACACGUGCAUCGAAAUACACGAGUACGCAUACAUCGAAUUAUCUAUUGUUACCCGUGACUUGAAUAUUUAGUAACCGACUUCCAAAAGGAGGAGGUUACACAAUUCGACAUGUAUAUAUAUAUAUUUUUUUUUAACUAGUAAAUCAAGUUUUACAAAUUACACUACAAAAUUUAUUCUGUUAUAUUCACUCUUCUUAUGUUUAUACAUUUUUUAUUUAUUUAUUUUACUGCAUACCAAUUUUUCCAAAAUUAAUAAGGAUCAUUAUUUUAGAAUAAUAGCUUUUUUAUAUAAAAUAUUCUACCCGUAUAAUUCGAUGUAUGCGUACCCGUGUUUUUCGAUGCACGUAUACGUACCUGGAUAUCCGUGUAUUUCGAUAGCCGGGUACCCGUGUAUUAAAAAUACACGGAUUAAAACACGGAUCCAUUAGUUACCCGUGUACCCGGAUAUUAAUAUAUAAUUCAAUAUAUAUCUCUAAUAUAUAAUUCAAUAAAUAUACAUCAAAAUUCAAAUAUGCCUUUGAAUUUUUCUGAAAAAAAAUAGGCAUGAACUUUCCGGACAACCCAAUAAUUUGUGUGGAUUCUAUUGUAACUGUAUCUACCCGGAGAGUAAAUCGCUAAUAUUGGGCUGUUGCCCAUUACUAGAGAGUCUUUAGUAGAGACCUAAGUCGAAGCGUACGAUUAACGAGCGUUAAGGAAAGUCCUAUUAAGUCCUCUUCCAGCGAUACGAUUUGUCCGUGCAAACUUUACGUGUAACACCAUGAAAUACUCUUUCAGAAAUUCCUUUUUCUCAUCGACUGUACAGUACUAUAUACGAUAUAUCUAUACAUAUAAUAUAGGGUCAUCAACGCCGACCAUACCACCAUUGAGUCGCUAUCGAAAUUACUAUCGAGUUUGUGUUUUGUUUCCAUCGGUGCAGUCACGUUUAACCUUUCGCUACGUAACGUGUCUUGUCAUGGCAGAUCCCGAAACAUUCUGUUUAAGGCCAGGGCCACGCUAUGCGUUUUCUCCGCUGCGGUGAAAGCGGACGCAAUUUAACCGGAACGCUACUAAUUUCACCGAAAUCGGUUGAAAACUCUCAUAAUUAUGAGCAUUUAAAAAAGCAUGGCGCUAAUUUUGUCCAGUAGUUUACAAUUUUACAUGAUACAUUGCUGCGAUUUUAACGCAGUCAAUCUCGCCUGAACUGUCAAUACGUCAACAUAAACAAGAAGAAAUUUUUGAAAAUUGCUUAUGUUAUGGAAGCAGAAGGGUUGUUACGUGAAUCGAUAGUUUCCAAUUCUUGGGUUCAUCCCUUUUUUCGGAGCGAGACUCUAAUAAUCGUUUUAAAAAGUUUUUCGCUAACAUCCGCAAUUUUGAGGACAAGUUUUUUCAAUAUUACCGAAUGUCAAUAAAUUCAUUCGAUGAAUUAGUAGAAAUUUUGAAACUGAUAUUUCAAAGCAGAACACAUAGUUCAGAAAAAGGAUGCGGCAAAAACGCAUAGUGUGGCCCCGGCCUAACACGGUACAGUUUGAUUCGGUUAUCUAUACUUACAAAUAGACUGCGGAUCUUGAUGCAUUUAUAGGAAAUUUGACUGUGCAACAACCUACAAAAUGCAAACAAUAUGCAAGAAUAUAAAACAGAUUGAAAGUAAAGUUCACGUUUUAAUAUUUGCAGAAUAAAAUAAAUUCCUAUAUAGGUUCAAUUUUUGUAGGCACGUUUGCGAAGAUUUUAUUUUGCAUAAAGAUCCGUAGUCUACUUAUAAAUGUCGAUAAUAAGGCCAUACAUAUGCAAAAAGAUUAUUACCGCCAAAGUAAGAAGAACUUGUAAUUUAAACAAGUUACUAAAAGCUUCCCUACAAGCUGAGAUACUCAGCAUUCGAAUACAGAACGUGUUAUUGGCGCCAUUGACCCGGUAUGCUCCUGACACUAAUAAUUUAUAUAUGGAAACGUUGUAUAAGAGACGAUCAAGCUGAUCAUUUCUCUCGACACUGCGGAAGGUUAAACUCAAGCUAUGUUUCUGAAACAACCGACGAAGGGCAAGAAUAACGAGAAAAGUUUCAUUCCCCGAUUUAGUAAGAGCUUAGCUAUACGUGUACAAGUAAUUACGAAGUUAGCGCGUGUCUGUUGAACGAAAAGAAAAGAGAAGAUAACGAGAAUCAAAGUACGGUCAGUAAUCGAAGAUUAGAAAGGAAAACGCAAAGAAGAAGGACGAACCUGAGUAUUCGAAGGUGAGGCUCGAGAAGCCUCGAAAUUUCGUUUCCUCCGACGGAGUCGUGGCGAAGGAGAAGAGUCGUUCAUAGAAACCAAAACGCCGAAACGAGACUUGUGAGAACCGCGUUCAGCAACCGCAAUUUUCUCCACGAAAAACGGAAAACGAAAGAGAAUUAAUAGGGAAUUCGAUGUUAUACGUGUUGAUAUCAGUCUAUACAUAUAUAUAAAAGAAGCGAAUAAAUAUAUAAAUAAAUAUAAAAUACAAACAGAGAUAUAUUGACGGCGGAAGAAAGUACGAUUGAAGAGUUAAACGAAGAAAGGAACUGAAGGAACAGAAAUACUAUCAGAUGAUACCUUAAGAAACUUGUUGUUGGGAUGAAUUGAUAUUAUGGAUUAUUAAUUAUUAAUAAUUAAUUAUUACAAUUAUUACAUAUUAUAUAUAUAUAGAAAUAUAUACAUAAACUCUAAAUAAACGCUGUUUGUUCGUUAGAUAAGAAUUAACUGGAAAUGAAAAACGAGAAAAAAAUAAUAGCGAGACUCUAUUUCUUCGUGUAGACGCGUCUUAAUGUUCAGCUUGUUCAAGCAUAAACGCCGAAAAACGAGUCGCGCAUUGUAAGCAGCCGUUGCGCGUGGUUAGCAAUAGGUGUGAAUGGAAAUGCGAGAGAUCGAAAUUCGAGAAUCGCGUUCAUGAAAAACCAGUACAUCCGACCGUAGUUAACUUGCGUUCCUUUCGCGGGCGUUUCUCUUAAUUUUCAAACAGUGAAACGUUUCGAAUCAUCUUUAAUCUUAUAAACGAAAGAAUACGGAAAUUUCGGCGAUAAAUUGACCAACCGAUAGUCACUCAAAAAUGGGCAAAAUUCUUAUCCAAAUAAAAAUUUAGCGAGUAAAAGAUGAACAGCUGUUGCUGCGUUAUUUUUUCAGUAAAAAUUGCAAUACGAAUUAUAAAUUUUACUUAUUUUACUUAAGGGGGGAGUCUAAGCUAAUGUAUUUUUCUAAUGCAUAUAAUUUCCAGAUAUAAUUAAUUUUUAUUAUUUAAACUUUUUUUACAUACAAAGGGACGUUCAAAGAAGAAAAUUUGACAGUGUAGAUUUAAUUUGAAUGUAUACGUAUAUAGAUAUAGUAGUCGCAAGGAAAGGAUUCGGUCAAAGCGGUAGGACGCAUAGUUCAUCGAAUUGUUAUCCGAUUCACUUGAUUCAACGCUUAAAUUGAAGAUAAUUAAGUUUAUAUGCUAUUGAACCUCAACUCUUAAUGAAUUAUUAUUAUAGCAUAAAGUUAUUGCAAAAUAACGGCCGACAUGUAUCGUUCACUUUCAUGUUUUUUGCCGCCAUUUUUGCAAUUAACAAUUUUUUUUUUUGCAAAUUGAGGUUCAUACGCAUUUUACGUACCUACUAAAGAAAAAAAAUUUCUGAUUUUAUCUAUCAGAUGUUUUCCCAGGGCUCCACGUAUCCCACCGUUUUCACCGAAUCCUUUCCUUGCGACUACUAUAUCUACAUAUACAUGUAUAUGUCGCAGGGAAAUGAUAAAAAUAAAGAUUUGAUCAAAUCCCUAAGGUAUUAGGUUGUCCCAAAAGUUUCUUGCGUGAGUUGCGUUCAAUUAUUUUCUGUGACAGUGUUUAUAUAAAUAGACAUUCUAAUUUCUUAGAUGUUAAUGUUGUAACAGUAAUGGAGCAAAAUGAAUCGUACACAAUUCAGUAAUCUAACAUAAAACAUAAAAUAUUGUGUAUAUAUUAACUAUUAAUAAAACGAAAGAAACUUUUGGGACAACCUAAUAAAUGAUCAAUUCAUGGGAGAUGUUAAAAUAACAACUCCGUAAGAUCAUUUCCCUAAAGAAACUAAGUGAUUUGAUCAAAUCUCUUAACUGUUUUAGCGAAAAGAGGAAAUAGUAUGAUUUGAUCAAAUCCCUUAACUGUUUUAGUGUAAAAAUCCACAAAUCAACAACGUGUUUUAAUCAAAAUUAAUGAACGUAUUUAUUUAUUAAUUACAUUUACUAAAAAUGUUUAAAAUAUCAUUAAAAAUAUCCUUUUUGUGUUUUAAAAUAUCAGCUUAAGUACCUAUUUCUUUUUCUAAUUAGUUUCGAAUAAAUAAUUUAUGUUUCUACGACUAUUAUUGUAUUACCUACUCUAUACUCAAGAACGCAUGAUUUACUAAAUUAAUACUUUUAAUAUCCAAACAAUAUUAUUCCACCUUUUCACUAAAACAGUCAAGAGAUUUGAUGAAAUCAUAUUAUUUUAUCUUUUCACUAAAACAGUUAAGGGAUUUGAUCAAAUCACUUACUUUCUUUAGGGAAAUGACCUCACAGAGUUGUUAUUUUAACAUCUCUCAUGAAUUGAUCAUCUACCUUAGGAAUUUGAUCAAAUCUCUAUUUUUAUCAUUUCCCUGCGACAUGUACAUUCAAAUUAAAUCUACACUGUCAAAUUUUCUUCUUUGAACGUCCCUUUGUAUGUAAAAAAAGUUUCAAUAACAGAAAUUAAUUAUAUCUGGAAAUUAUAUUAUGCAUUAGAAAAAGUACAUUAGCUGGACCAGACUUUUCCUUAAUAAAUUUUGAUGUCGGUCGGUCGUGCAGUCGUCAACGAGCACGCGAUGAAAAUAAUACUUAUAAGGUAACAGGCUCGUCUUGAUCUCGAGAGUAAAUGCGAUUCAUAGUUGAAAAUGUAAGAAAUAACGUGCAAAAUCUUGCAACAAUGAUUACUCUGUAAGGUUUCAUUCAUAUCAAGCUUUCAUUUAAACAAAAAUCUCUUCGUCCUCACAUGAAUUGCUUAUCGCAGCUUCGUGUGCUAUGAAAUCGAUAGAAGUGUAUCACCUUUACAAUCAAAAAUCUCAAGUAUAAGGCGAAGGAAUUAAAUUCCAAUUAAUUACGAAUAAUUAACGACACCUAAUUUUUAACAGAAUAUUUACGACGAUCCUUCUUUCAUUGCGUCAACGUGAAAGUAAGAAAAGAAAGAAAAUGUGUUCAAGAUUAAAUUUUAUCUUUCAUUAAAGAAAUUUUAAGAUUCGAGGCGCCAUACUUUCGAUGCUUUCGCAACUAUCGUUACGUUUUUUAGUUGCCAACGUAUGCUUGUUCGAAAAGAAAUUUAUAUCGAAUUGAUUGGAAACACUUUGUCCCGUAGAUGAGCGUGAGAAAAUCAAACGGUUUUUAAAGAUUAGUUACGCAAUCGACGAAGUACCUCGCACUUUAGUAGGUUCACCAAAGAAAGAGUCGCGUAAGGACGCGUUUAGUCCGAACAACGAAGGCGAAACACUCGGUUUAAACGCUUCUUAACGCGAUCGACGAUUCAUUUUUCUCGCAUUCCUCGACGCAAUUAUUAUCCGCCGUUCGCAAUAAAAAUUAAUCUCCGAAACUCAUCGAACGAUUUAUUCGUACGGCUGGGACUACUCGUCCAAUUUAUCUUUAUUCGAAAUAAAAACUAUUCGCAUACUCGAUUACCGAAACGCUUUAAUUUUCCAACUUGAUUCGUACCGAUUCGAACGCUUGCAAAAUAUUCGACCAUUGAAUAAUUAUUCGAAUAGUCUCAGUCACAUUUGUUCGUUGACCCCUCACGCUAGUCGGAUAUUCGCGUAAUUGUUUGUACAUUUUGUACAUACACGUACACACGUACGAGAGGGAGAAGAAACAACGCUUUAGCUUUUCCAUGUGAUUAAUGGUACGAUUAAAUCGCAUUCUUAGCACGCGCGUCUCUAACGAUUUAUUUCCGUCUACUCCUUUCUUCACUCGUUUAUUUCAGAUUCGUCCGCUCGCAUACCGGUCUUGUUCGACGAAUCCGGAAAUCGACGUCCACUCGAGCUUUUAAUUCGCCUGCAAUACGGAAUUAAAAGCCGAUUUUACCCCCUCGUUUACCCCGAACACAUAAUUUAUACGUCUGAGAUCGACUAUGUAUUUUUUAAUAUCGCUACGUAAUCGUGUAAUUCUUAAUCGUAUUUAAUUGUAAUUAAAUUAUAAAGAAGAUCGUUUGCACGCUUGUCUCUGAAUGUGAACAAUCUGGGAAUUAUAUUAUUUCUUCUGUUUCUCCUUGUCUUUGUGUACCGAUUAAGCUGAACGAAUAAAUACCGCAAGAAAUCAUGCAAAUUGUCAAUUUCUACGAUUUUCAUUCACCAACUGUACGAAGAAUCGAUCCAUCGGAUCGGAAUCUGUCUGUCGAAAUUUUAGAAACGAUUUAUGCUAAUCGUUCCUGCCACCAAUGGGCGUCCAAUCGUUUCUUUGCACUGGGAAAACUAAAAAUUUGGAAUCCCUUCGAUCCACGUGUCUCAACCAGUGAUGGCCAAAAUCGUAAUCGCAAAUACGAAUACGAUUCUAAUCUAAUGUUUUCGAGUUGUAAUUACGAUUACGAUUGUAAUCGCAUCUUUCCGAGUUGUGAUUACGACCGUAUUUUUAAAGGUUUUCAGCCAUAGAAAUCCUUUACCUCAAAACCCACUUCAGUAUCGUGUUCCUCACCCCAAAAAACUUAGAAAACCAAACCAUUAGGGGUGUGCGGAAUCUCGGUCGGGAUGGAAUCCCGAGAAUUUCAGAAUCCCGAAUACAUCCGGGAUUUCCAUGAAUUUCCGGGAUCCCGAAACCAUUCGGGAUUCCCGAGAAUUUCGAGAUCCCGUACAUUCUCGGGAAUCCCGGAUUUUUGCGGGAUCUCGUGUAUUCUCGGGAAUCUCGAAUCAACUCGGGAUCCCGUAUAAACUCGAGAAUCCCGAAUAUUUUCAGGAAUCCCGCACACCCCUAAAAACCAUACAUUCGUCGAAAUGAAAAAUGAACAAUUUUCAAUUAAAAUUCGUGCCCAUAGAGCAGAGCCUAGAUAGGGUAACUUUUCUAAAAAUUUUUAUUUAGACGAAAGCAUGAUUUUCUAAGUUUUUUAAUGUGAAGAACACGAAUCUGAUGUCGGUUUUGAGGUAAAAAAUUUCUAUGGCUGAAAACCUUUAAAGAUACGGUCGUAAUCGUAAUCACAACUCGAAAACAUUAGAUUACAAUCGUAUUCGUAUUUGCGAUUACGAUUUUGCCUAUCACUGGUCUCACCCACUCCCUCGCACGUGUUGCCGUUUGCAUUUACUCCAAAAACCAUGACUUGCGACAACCUUCUCCUAAAUGUCCAUCGGAAUACCGUGAACCAUGCUCGUUGACGUUGAUGCGCGACUUUACAAACUAAAUUUCUUCUCCUGGCGACGAUCGGUAAAUGCAACCGGUGACCAAUGUACACGACGCCGUAACGUAACGUAAAUCAUUACUAGGUAAGGGUGUAAGCUAGGUAACGAGAUAAUACAGGAGGUACUAGUUUACGAAGAAAAAAGGUAAAAAAAAAACAAUUAACGUGCGAAACGAGAAGAAAACGUAACGUUUAAGCUAUUUAAUAAUUUUAAGCGUUAAAUAGGCACCGUCAGAUUAACGAGAUUUAAUUAAUAAACUAUCAAGGAUUAUUUAUUAGCUAUUAUAAUAUAUAUAUAUAUAUUAUAUAAUAUAUAAAUAUAUAUGUAUAUUAUAUACCUAUAUUGUAGUAGGGAAAUCAAAUUUUAUGUACCACAGAACUAUUUGUAUAAAAGUCCAUUCUGUUUCGUUUGUCGAUCCGCGAAUCGACGUCACUCGAUAUUCAAUUGUCAGCGGUGCAAUCGGGUAAUGAUUUAGGCGAUUAUACAGGGUGUUCUGAUACACGUGAUACAAUCCAAGAGACGACGAUUCGUAUCGAAAGAAUAAAUUGAAAACGCAGGAGAUUCUACGGUACACGCGAAAAGAGAAUACUAGAUUCUGCGUUCAGGAUUCGUCUUUUUCUUUUUCUUUUAAGAAAUUUGUUAUUGGAUUGCGACAGGUGUACGAGGACAUCCUUUGUAUUUUAGACGAUUAAAAGACUAGUUUUUUCUUAGGACUUACGUGUACGUGUAUCGCAUUCGUCUGUAUCUUCAGAAGCUAAUCGUUAAGUUUCCGGUAUCGGGCGCUCAUCGCGGGGGACGGCAGACUUCUGUUUAAGAUUUUUAUGAGAGAUUUCGCGUGUUUUUGAGUCAUCUGAAUUUGCAAAUGUGUGUGUGUCCGUAUUCGUAGGGCGAACGACGGUUUGGCGGUGCCAAUCGAUUCCACGAUAGGAUGGAUUAUUUUCUGUAGACAAAAAUAUCGGAAAAAGAACAAACAAUAAACCGCCCUUCGUUUCUUAUUAAUCGAACAAAACAUAGAGUUCGAGUUAGGUUUUAUUCGUCACCUGUUAUCGCGGUAAAAGUUUGCCCAUCUCUGUCCCACGAAGAGGAAGGAAACUGUCUGACUGUGGAGAUUAGAGGAACGAUAGACACCUCAAAUAGUCGUUUUGUCCGUUGAACGAUCAUGUCACUUGUAUCUCGCUUGACUACACUAUGUAGACUCCGAUCGCUUUUGCUGUAUGAUUUUACAAAGAAUAAAGAACACCUACAAGACAGUUUAAGUGGCGUUAGUUGAUUAAAGCGUGCCAUUUACGU